UGAGAAUCUGUGAAAACUUGUUAGAUGCUCACCACACACGAGUCUAAAUUUAAUCGCGACAAGCCCCUUUUUCCUCAGUUUGCUAAUUCUACGUUCUGCGUUUUACGUUCAUCUCUCGUAAAUGAAACUCAAGGAUUUCUGGUUCACCGUUCCGAGAAAAAUGAUGUGAAUGAGAAAAAAACAAGUAACUUAAUGUAAACAA